AUGAACCCGGAGCGACAAGUACCGGUAUGUGGAAACUGUCAAAUGGCAUCUUCGCAUCUCUCGAAGACCAUUGGUUUAGGAAUAUCUCGUGGUAUGACCAAAAUUGGCGAGCGGGUAUUGAGUAGUGACAGUGCCGGUUACAAUAUCCCCCUCAAUGUUACCAAUGACAAGAGAUUAAUGAGAGAGCCCCUGACUACCUCAGAUGACGAGCUUCAAUCUGGAACAAUGAUUUUGAUAACCAUAUUUGAGAACUUUCAGGAGGAAGGUUCCAAGGACACCAAAAAGGGGGGAGGGGAGGGGGUGGAGAUCAUGGCCGAAACGUGA